AUGUUACUUUUCGAUCUCCCAAAAGAGCUUUUGCUCAAGGUAUUUGAGCUCCUUGACUUUGAAUCCAUCAAAGCCCUUUACAGCAUUCCUCAAUUUGAACAGGGUUUACAAGGUUUCGUGACUAUUGUUUCUGAUCUUGAUGAAGCUGCUGCAACUAGUUGGUUGUCCCCAUCAUGUCCAUAUGUCAACCUGAAGAAACUAACAGUGGGUCAAGUCAAGUCCGGUUAUGUGCUUUAUGUUCUUGAGAAUUGUUUAAACUCAGAGUUGGUUCAAAAAAUCAUUGCAAAUCAAGAAAGGCCCAAUACAGUUAUCCUGUCUAAUAAGCUGAUGAAAUCCGUCAGUUAUGAACCAAAAAAGGGGGAAGAUUUCUAUGAAUACGAUUCAGCUCUUCUUAUGGAUUCAAGUAAAGAUCCAGUGGACACUAAAAGAGCUGCUGAGUUUUUCGAGUCAGAUGCUUAUCGCAGAUAUAAGGAAGUAUCUUACAAGAAUGUGGAAAAAUUAAUCGCAUUAUUAAGUACAUCAGAGCUUUUGGAGUAUGUUGAGUGUCCAUAUUUGGAAUGUGUUGAGUUGACGGAUUUGAAGUUCGAUGCAAUGAAAUUCAGAACUCCAAACGUCAAGGCGAUGCUCUUAUAUGAUUGCAUUAACACAAAUAGCUCAGCAAAACUGAACUUUCCUGUUUUAGCUGAAUUGACUUUUGAUGGUUUUUGCAAAAGUUUUAUUGAUUGUAUGGACUUGGAGAAUUGCCCUGCUGAAAGUUUGACAGUAGAAGGGGGUGAUAUUGUGAAGUGGGAAAACUUGGUAGUUGGUAAAGCAAAAACAGUUUCCAUUUCAAUCUCAGAUGAACUUGAAAGACCUAUACUUGGGUCAUUUGGGAAUAUAAGCGUUCCCUGUUGUGAAGAUUUGUCGCUGGGUGGGUUCAUAGAUAUUUUCAAUGUUUCGGCGCCAUUAGUUUCUAAGCUAAACAUAGGUUCUACAUACGCAACUAGUCAGGAACAUAAUUUUUCAUUGAAAAAUUUUCAGGCUGAUAAGGUAAAGACUCUAUCAAUGGGGUCUCAUAAUGUCGCGGAAUUUUCCACUGCAUUGUUUGAAAGUGUUCUAGUCUUAGAGCUUUGUGAUACCAAGUUUUUGUGCUCUGGGAUUUUUGGAAAUGUGAAGGAACUGAAGAUAUCUAGUGAUUUGGCAAGCUGCUUUCAAAUGAUUGACACCAAAACAUUAACCAGCUUGGAGGUGACUUAUGAACUAUUUGAGGAGUCUGAGACGGAUGAUUUAUCGAGGUUCAGUUUUCCAACACUUGAGAAGGUAAAGGUUAUUCGUCAGCAUGAAUUUGGUUUUUUAAAGACGUUGAACGCACCAAAUAUCGAAGAGCUCCAUUUCCACAGGCCGAGUUCAACAAAUUUCUUUGACAUCUUGUCAAAUGGCUUUGAAAAUUUACAAAAAUUGAGGGUAACAAUUCCUUCUUUCCCAACAAUGGAGGGCAUAAGGCUUGAAAACCUGAAUGUGAUUGAUAUUGUAAUAGGUGGGCUUAAGGACAAAUUCAAGAUCGUCAGCUGUUCGUUCCCAAACUUGCAUGCGUUCUAUUUAAGGCCAUUACUUCCACAAGUUCGCAUUGUACCAAAGGGAAAUAUAGAUAUUGAAGCUCCAAAACUGGAAACUUUUCACUCCACUCAUUUAAAAAUGGAUCAUUUGAAUCUUACGAAGUUCCCAGAGUUGAUUGAACUGAAGGUAAAUUAUGUUGAAAAAAUAACUUUAGGUGAUGUUGCUGAAAGCUUGAUUGCUUUCGAAGUACACGGUAAUUCAUUGCAAGAGCUAUCUUAUUCAAAAGCACCUGAAAACCUUCAUCAUUUUGAUGAAGGUUGUACAUCGAAAAAUGUUGAACUUGAACAGACGUGCAAACUUUUUGAAAUUUUCUCCAGAGCAAACCAAUUGUUGUUAGAAAGUGCAAUAAUGAAAAGGCGUCGCCACGAAUAA